CUAUUUUUGCAUUUGUCCUGCCCCCCUAAAAAAAAAUCGUUUGAAGCAGCGACCAUGUGUGUGAGUGCGCAGGCGGGGAGAAGCGGCGUUGCUCGGCUGCUGAUGCUGAUCCUGCUGCUGGGGGUCUCCGGUUCUCUAUGCAUGGACGUCAUUGUGCCCAGUAAAAUCAACGUAAAGAAUGGGACCGAUAUCAAAAUCCCCUGCACUUUCACUUCCUGCUAUAAAAUAUACCCGCCCAAGUUCGUCAUGAACUGGACCUACCAAGAAACGGUCAACGACACGGAAAAAAUGUUUAUGGUGUACAACCAGAAGAAAGGAAUGAUGGCCCGGCGCUUUGCAGACCGGGUCACGCUGCCAGACAGGGUCCCGUUCGCCGACCGGGUCACGUUCGCGGGGAACCUGGAAAAGAAUGACCUGUCAGUCAUCUUGUCCGAUGUUCAGGAGGACGACGAGGGCUUGUAUCACUGUUACGUGAUCAAUCCCCCGGACCGCAUACACGGACACGGCUUCAUAAAGCUCAAUGUUUUUCCUGAACUGCCGCCGCCGAGAGACUCCACGAUUGCGGUUGCGAUCGGGGCAUCGGUGGGCGGAGUGCUCGCUCUCCUCAUCCUUUCCAUGGUCGUCGUGAAGUUCCUCCGCCACCAUCUCAAGCAGGAACUGAUCUCGGAGGAGAAGACGGAGGAAGAGGGGAAAUUAGAGGCUGAAGGUGCCACAGAAGAGGGAACAAAACAAGCGUAAAUGGAGCAUCAGACUGGACCAGUAGCCUGCAGAACCAUCACCUCUCUCGGUGAAACCAUCACCUCUCCCGGUGAAACCAUCCUCCACUGCAACUGCCUUGUCAGCAUCAGAGUAAAAGGGAUUGAUGCUACAAUCUGCACCUCCGAUAAAAACAUGUGAUGGAAAACUUGAGGCAUGAGUGAUAGUAAGUCAUGUCAUUCAUACAAUGGUACUUCGGAGGGGUUUUUGCCCGUGAUCCAAAUCAUACGGAAAAAAAAAAUAAUAAUAAUUAAAUAAUGCAAAAGAAAUCAAUCUGGUUCCGAUUCCCAAAAAUACGGCCACAAAAUGAAUUUUUAUGGAAAAUAAUUAUAGUUUUACAUUCAGAAAACAAUGAUACAUACACAACAUUAAUGAAAUGUAUGAACAUUUAAAGCAGGGGUAUAUAUAUAUAUAUAUAUAUAUAUAUAAAUACAGUUUAUCCGUUAUACAGUGCUCAAUACCGGGGUAGAGCGGAAUAUGCGUUAGGUCAGGAAAAAACACAAGAGGCUAUGUCAUCCCUACAAGCCUGUUUCACAGGUUUCCCUUUAAAAAAAAAAAUUAUCCCCUGACGAGCAGGGAAACCUGCGAAAAUCUUUAAAAAUGUGUUUAUUAUUAUUUAAAAGAUUAAAACAUCUUAAAAAGGGAAACCUGCGAAACAGGCUUGUCGGGAUGAUAUAGCCUCUUGUGUUUUUUUCCUGUCCUAACGUAUGUGUAUAUAUAUAUAUAUAUAUAUAUAUAUAUAUAUAUAUAUAUAUAUAUAUAUAUAUAUACACGUCCAUCCAUCCAAUUUCUACCACUUGUCCCUUUCGGGGUCGAGGGGGGUGCUGGAGCCUAUCUCAGCUGCAUUCGGGCAGAGGGCUGGCUACACCCGGGACAAGUCGCCACCUCAUCACAGGGCCAACAAAGACAGACAACAUUGACACUCACAUUUACACACUAGGUCUAAUUUCG